UGGUCGCGCGCGUUCCGUCCUCUUUGCGUUGCGACCGUAGCACCCCGCGUCGCGGAAUAUUCGUGCCGUAAAUACGCUAGGACCAGCGGAUAUUCUAGUAGACGUACAUACCUAUCGACGACGGGCACGCAUCCUGGAAUUUCUCUACUCACAGGUAUCGCGAAUAACGAUACGGUAAAAGCGAGCGCGAACGCAUACGCUCUCUCGAAUACGCGAUAGCGCGUUGCAGCUAGACGGCCGAGAUUUUCGCGUCGUAACCCUACGUCGUUGUCGCGCGACUCAUACCGAGCGGCCGUGGUAGAACGUGGUGGCGAAACGUGCGUGCUUGCGUAUACGUGCGAAACGUACGUAUACGAGCGUUCGUUAGUGCGAGCGAAUCACGACGACGACGAAGACGACGUGCUCCGUAUUCGUCGCUGGACGUGCGUGUUCACAUCGCGCACGCGGUAGCCGCUUUUUCUCGCUCCUUUCUUCCACGCCGCGAAGAACGCGAGCCAUCCUCAUCAUCGAGCCGCGCAAGGCGCGUUCGACGGGACAAGAACAACAAGAACAAGAACAACAACGGCAACGACGACGACCAGAGGGAACGGUCUACGUGUAACAGCACGCGGAUCCUCGAGAGCGAGAAGCGAAGACGCGUGAUACGAUCGCCGACAGACAAGCGGACAUAAUAAAAAAAGCGGCAGCGACGUGUUCCGGAGGUGUGUGUGUACGUGUGUAUGUGUGUGUGUGUGUUUGCGCGUGUGUGUCACGAGGAAUUCCGCAUACCAUAAGGCGCAUCGCGAGGAAAUCGCGCGUAACCUCCUCGUGUGUAUACGUAUGAAUCUUUGCGAGUGAGUGCGCGCUCGCGCGCACACAUACGUACGACGUACACAGGCGUUGCGUGCCAACGAUCAAGCCCGUGCGAGACGCACCGAAGAAGGAAUACCCUGCCCCGAUUGUCUGUACAAAUAUCGCGGCUCCACGGAUUUGGUGAGGCCGGCGAUACGACACGACACGACACGGCGCUGAGGACCACCGAUCUCGAGCGCGCGCUGAUUUUCGUCGGACGUACGUUGAAUUCCUUUCCUCACGCGCACCGCGGAUACGGCUAUCAGACGAUAGUGCAUUAACUAUCGUGGGGCACCGUGAACACGUGAGGAAAAUAACGUACCUAUGAGGCCCUCGUCGAGCCGCAUAAGGCAGCAAGCUUCGAAGCAAGCCAGCUCGCAGAAGGGAGGUUCAUGCCGGCGAUGAGCAUGCCGACGAAAGGGAAGCACCACCAUCUGUCCCAUCAUCACCAGCAACAUCAUUCGCAGCAGCAGCAACACCAGCAGCAGGGCCAUCAUAAUCCGUCGCAACAUCAGCACCAAUUGAUCCUCAACGUCAACCAGCCCGUCGUGCCGCAUCCCCCUCAGACUUACAGUGCGGUGGUAACGACGAACACGCCUAGAUUCCUCCCGAAUGCCGUGAGCCAUCAGUCGAAAUAUCGCAAAAAUUACAACAACGGGUCCAAUCCACCGUCAAGAAUGGCGAGAUAUGGCGUCUCGAAAGAUAGCCCAGUGGGUGUCGCCGUCGGGGUAGGACCCAUCGGCGUAGGGCAUUCCAUAUUGCCCCAGUGCAACACAAGUCACCACCAUCAGCAUCACCACAUAGCGGCCACGCACCCUCCGAAUGCGCAACCGGGACACAAUCAUCACAGCGUGCAUCACCCGGUGCACCACCAGCAGCAGCAGCCGCCGUUGCCGUCGCCGGGCGGCCCGCAUCACCCGUUGGCGCUCAACCUCAACCAGAUUCAACAUCACCAGCAGCAACAACAGCAGGCGCAAACGCAACAUCAGCAAUUGCAGCCUCAGUUCCGAGUAAUCACCGCCAAUGCUAGAUCAGACUUUCAUGUACCUGGACAAAAUUACGGCGCCCAACCAGGGGGCCAGGUGGGUGCAGGAGGGGGUAGUGUAGGAGUACCUGGGGGCCGAGGUCCACCACUUGGCGGUAUACAGACGAUAGGACAAUCGGCAGCAGGUAUACCGCCAGGAGGUCCUGCCGGGGCUCAAGCGCCUUCGCAAGCUCCUGCACCUGGGGUCCAGGCACAACCACCUCAAGGACCAGCCCCGACAACGACGCCCCCUGUCCAUACACAACCCCAGGAAAUGGGCAAACAGGCACACUUGCAAACGCAGCCACCCUCGUUGCCGCAAGUGUACGUGCAGACUCAGACAAGGCCGACCAACCAAAACGCAUUUUUUAUGGAUGCCUCGCAGGGCUAUUAUCCUGGUCCUAGACCGCAACAACAAAGAGGUCUUAACCAUAGAGGGGGCCAAGGUGCUAGCGGCACGCCUGUAGUCGGGAUGGCUAGUGUAGGUGGAGGCGGAGGACAACCGACUGCCAUAUACCCACAUCCAGCUAGCUUGACGGUACAGGCAGGCGCAAUGUACGUGCAAAGUCAAGUCCCCGGACUGCACACGCCGCACCAGCAGUCCGUCUACCCUAUGAACAACCAGUUGCCUCUACAGUUCCCCCCACCACAAAGACAUCAAGCUCAUCAGAAUCAGUCGUAUUACCAAUUCCAACAUGCCCCACUUUUAACGCCGCCAAAUGUGUUCGGAUAUGCCCAUGCGCCGAGUCACCAACCCACUGGCUAUUAUUAUUCACCGUCAAAUACGAUGAGCUUGACCAGGGCAAGUGCUGCAAGUGCCGUUAGUGGUGGAGCGCAGCAUGUCGCUGGACCUCUAGCUGGUGCUCAGGGUGCUCCGGUCGUACCGCAGGGUACACUGCAGCAACCUACUCAACAAACGCAGACUUUGCCUCCCAUGGGUAUACCUCUUACACAGACUGUUCCUUGGCAAAUGAAUUCUCGUUUCGUUAAAGACGUAUAUGCAGCCCACAACGGUGGUCCAACAAACGCUACUAAUAGCACCACAAGAUCUCGGAAACCGAGAGGACAGAAUGCGAUUUUGGAUAUAGUGAAUCCACUGACCGGCAAGAAUAUAAGUGAUGAGAUAUACAAGGAUAACGAAACUACUCAGAGUGGUGAAUCUAGUAAUCGCGAGACGCCACAACCACAGAACAAUGGUGCGGAGGUGAUAGCCGAUUUCGCGGCUCGCGUCGCGAAAGCCGCGACCGAGGAGUCCGAUUCAGGCUCAACGGUAUCGGCAAGCGCGUCCGAUACUACCGCCAAUACGGCUCAAACGGCAACGGCGCAAAGUUUAUCAAACGUCCAAAAUAAUUCCAGUAACGGCGCGAAUAGUCAAUAUAAUACCAAUUCGUCUUCAGCUACGCAAAAUGUAGCUGGCGGUGUGGUAUCUGCGAUAAAUAGUCAAUCGUUAGGUACUAGUAACAAAGCGCAAGUAGACUCUACCGUGGCUAAAAUGGAGUCGAAGCCACUGCAACUCCCCGUGAAGGAGUUCCAGCCUAGGAGUGAAAUAAAAAAUACGACGAUCGAGGAAUCGUCAGCUGUCGUUCCAGCGGUGGUCGCUGUCGCGAGCAAGGAUACUGUUCCCGUGUCAACCGCUAAUACCGGAACAGUAACGGCAACGGCGGCGGCCACAACGGCGACGAUCGCAACGACGGCCGCCGAGACCCAGCCUGAGGCUGUUGGGUCCGGUCCUGGUCCCAUCAUGAGCUCUGAAGUAGCCAAGAGCAGCGCUAAUGCUUCGCCUAAUGUAACACAGACGGCAGUUACAACCUCCCAUUGGAGCGUACCACCGAACCUGAACAUUGGCCAAGACAUCGCUAAACCGUCCGCCACUGCCCCGGGUGCUAACCCCGUUCCUGCCCGAGAACCGUUUCCCAAUCUGUCCGCCAAGAACACGUCGAAUUCGCCGCCGAGGAGGAAAUCGCAGAACCAUGCUCACAGUCAGCCUAAUGCUACCGAGCUGCCCUCGAGUGCCAAAGAGCAGAAAGGAGACAGGAAAACCCGGGAAAAGAGUCUGAGUUCGCGAGGUGGUGCUGCUUCUUCCACGCCUGUUCAUAAUCAGCAGGCGGAUCACCAUCACCAGAAAGCGAAUGGUGACGCGGUUGGCCAGAAAGCCGAGACGGAGAACCUCCCCAGGAACGAGGCUCAGCAGCAGAAACCAGUGGACAGUAAAGCUAUGCAAAAGCAGAAGAGCAAGAACAAGCUGAAACCCCGCGAACUCAAUCGCAAGGGAGCCGAAAAGGAAGGUACAGACAUGGACGCGUUUGUAAACGCAGCGCCAGCAACACCGAAGGUCGCCGAGAUCAAGCAGGACAACAAGGAGUCGCAAUCCGUUCCGGUUCCUCCGAAGGAUAGUAACAAGGAAUCCGUCAGAGAGAUCAAGGACAUGAAGGAAAAAGAUAAUUACGAGUCGAAGAAGGAAAAGGAGAUCUUGGCCGUGUCAAAAAACGAGAAGCACGAGCUCGUCGAGGUGUCGAAGGAAAGCUCGCCCGUGCAACAAGCGCCGUCUCCUCCCGUCGUUGACAAACUGCCGAGCAACAAGGAAACGUUGUCGAAGGAAAGCAGCCCUCCGAAGAUAGGGGAUAUCGCGAAGCCACCGAGCAACGUGUGUAACAUGCAGCCACCGAAAGCUGCGGUGCCGGCAGCGAUAGUGACGACUACAACGACGACGACCACGACGACGACGGUCCCGGUAGUCCCGGUAGUCCCGGUAGUCCCGGCAGUCCCGGUAGUCCCGGUAGUCUCGGUAGUCCCGGUAGUCCCGGUAGUAGUCGUUCCCAACGACGUCGUAGAUCAUGCGAAGAUCAAGGAGGACAUAAACCUGGAGAUCUUGGUCGCACAAAAGAACGAGGAAAACUCCAAGGUGUCGGCGAUGUGCACGUCCAACGAGGAGGAGGAAAAACCGACGGUGGCAUCGGCGGAAGGUGCGAAGCAAGACGUCGAGAUGAAGGAUGCCUCGACGGAGACCAUGCCCAAGGCACCGGUGCUCAAGUAUACGUACAAGGAGGAUCAGUGGAGUCCGAUCAAUACAGCUGGGAAGAAGAUGUACGAUCGAGAUUUCCUCAUGAGAUUGCAGUUUGAUCCCAAUAGCAAGAUCAAACCGCCGAAUCUUCCAGACCUGGAGAUCGUUCUCAAGGAUCCUAGGGUACGUCUUAAUGCGAUAACCGACUUGAAACCGUUCGCUCAAGUGCACAUGAACAGGCAUGAUGCGCUGAUGCCCGGAUUUGCGAAGGCUAAUGUAAAUCGUUUGCCACCCACAAACCGUAAGAGUCAUCCAGGAAAACCGAGCAAAGCGGCCAAACCAAACGUUAUUCAGUACUCGUUAUCAGUUAAAGAAGACGUGCAAUUAAAAAGAAUUAAUAAUGCUUGGGUACCGCUUAGGGUUCAAACCGCGAGUAUGUCGGAAGAGGAUAUGAAAACGUUUAAUAUCGUCAAUGGUGUACGUGGCGUGUUGAAUAAGCUUACUCCAGAAAAGUUCGGAAGGCUGAUGGAACUUAUCAAGGAACUCGAGAUCGAUACGCCCUCGCGGUUACAAGAUGUUAUCAGCCUAGUGUUUGAGAAAGCAGUCGACGAACCCUGCUACUCUGUAGAGUAUGCACAGCUAUGCAAAGAAUUGGGUCCGUUGGAAGUUAAAGAUCCCGAAAUGGAAGGUGCUGUCAUCACCUUCAAGAAGCUUAUUAUCACACGUUGUCAGAAGGAGUUCGAGAAAAAUCCCAAUGAUGACAUUAUGAGGAAUAAAGCACUUAAAGAAAUCGAAGAGUGCAGAGAUUCUAAUUUAAAGAAAGAGAUGAAGUUGAUGUUUGAGGAUAAAGAACGUCGACAACGUGUAAAGGCUGUCGGUAAUGUUCGAUUUAUCGGCGAGUUAUACAGAGCGACAAUAUUGACCACGAAAAUCAUGCAUCGUUGUAUUAAACAAUUGUUGCAACAAAAUUCCGAAGAGAGUAUGGAGUGCCUGUGCAAGCUAUUCGAGACGAUAGGUCCGGAUAUAGAGGCAGUCAAAACUGGCGAGAGUAUCAAUGAAUAUUUCAACAGAAUGCAGGAGAUUGUUUGUCGAAGGGGACAAAAUCUUCCUAAAAUUAACUCUAGGGUACGUUUUAUGAUUCAAGAUGUCAUAGAAUUAAGAGAAAGAGGAUGGAAGAAGAGAAGAGAUGAAGAAAAUAGUCCUAAAACGAUAGAGGAAAUUACGAAGGAAGCAGAGUCUGAAAAAUUAGAUUCACAGCUCAAUAAUGCUCUUUUUAAUACUCCUCGAAAGGACGAUCGAAACAACGACAAAAAGAGGAAUCGACUUGGUCCUACAGACGAUGGUUGGAGUCAACCAGUAGGUAGAAUGAGGCUAACGGCGUAUUCGGUAGAAACAGCAAAACUGAAGAACAAACCGCCACCCAUGGACGACAUGCAACUUGGCAGCAGAAACGCUUAUCUGUGGGCAAAAAAUCCAGUAAUGGGUGGUGCCAAUAAGACAAUAAGUGCAAAUAAGUUUGCAUGUCUGGAAAAUAUGUCUAACUUUGACCAGGAUAAGAGAAUGCCACUGCCACUCUCUGGGUCAAGAUCGACGGGUCCAUGUGGCCGUGACUACAAGAGUUCCUAUGAUGGUAGGAAUUCCCGUAAUGGUAGCCACCAAAUGAGCGGUGCAUCGUCGAGUAGAGGCGGCAACUCAUUGCUGGACAGCUCACGCAGCCAAAGUAUGUCGAUGCCUUCGCCUAUGAUGAAGUCCGUUUCACAGUCUGGCACAAUUAGUCAUAAACCUCCAAUGUCGGAGCAAGAUUUCACGAAGGCCCUCGAUUCCACGUUAAGACACUACCUUGCGGAACAAGUUAUUGAGGAUACGACAUUAGAAGUGAAAGAGAAGUUCGAUAGUACCACCCUUAGCAAAUUCACGCUCGAAUGUAUCAACCACGUUUUUGAAAAAACUGCUGGCGACCGAGAAUGUGUCUCUAAGCUUAUGUCCCAUUUAAUUAAAGAAAACAUUUUACCUCUGCAAUGUUUCAAGAGUGGACUAGGAGAAGUAUUGCAGAUCAUAGACGAAUUGGUCAUCGAUUUACCUAAAAUUUGGACUUAUCUAGCCGAAAUAUUGUCGCAUUCGAUAGAGGAAGAAGCUGUUCCAUUAUCCGAGAUGAAGAGCGUGUUUCUAAGUUUGAAAACGAACGGUUUCGUAGGCAAACUUUUCGGAGAACUUAUGAUGAAAGUAUCUCAAAACAAAGGACCUAAGUGGGUCGCCGAUAAAUGGGACCAAAGUGGACUACAGUUGAGUAACUUGCUCGACCCGGAAUUGGAGGAUGCGGAUAAGAUCAUCAAGGAUUACAAUUUGGAGUUCCUAACUGGUGAUUGUAAUAGUGCCAAAAGCUCCACCAUUACUAAUAGUAACCAACCAAAUUUGGUGCAAAUCCAAGAAAAUCUCAGAAGGCUCAUGAAAGAAAACACUUCCUUCGACGAAAUCUGUAGUUGGAUAAAUGAAAAUGUUCAUACUAGAGUUAAGGAUCCCAAAUUUAUAAGAAGUUUAAUGACUGCCAUUUUAGAGACGUCAGUAGAACCCAUACACGACACGUGGAGACUCAACCAAGAUAUUUUUAUAAGUUUGCAAACGCUGAUCCAGCGUUAUGUCGACGCGGACGAGAUGUUAGAAUUGCAAUGUCUUUAUGCAAUUCAAUCGUAUAUGACGAAGCUCGAAUAUCCGUCUGGUCUCCUCAUCACUAUUAUAAACCGAUUAUGGAUGGACAAUGUGAUAUCGAGCGACGCGUUUUUGACUUGGCAUAACGCUAAGGAUCCAGCGGAACGUGAGGGACACGCUGUGGCAAUGGUUGCCCUUACAUCAUUCUUCACUGACCUACAGGAGCCCGAUGAUAACUCUAGCAUCGAGGAAUUAUCGCCCAAAGCGGACCGGGGUUGCUGUUGACGAUACUGUGAUCGAUUACAUUAUCGUCUGUUUAAAAGACUCGAAUAUACGUUUCCUCCUUUAAAUGGACACAUACAACGUGCUAAGUGAAAUCAAAUUGCAGUUGUGUUUUUUUUUUCUACAAACCGGAACACCCCAAGUAUUGAAAAGAAGGACACAAUAAAUAUUGGUAAAGUGAUACUUGUGGGUGUGUGUAAUAUAGCCUAGGACCUUUUACAUAGGACGCGAUGUGAAAGAAGAAGAAACGGGACACUCGGAUAAAUAUACAUAAUGAAGAUAAACUUUAACUUAACUAUUAAUUACUACAGAAAUAAUGCGGGAUAAUUAUUAUAUACAUAAUUAAAUGAGCAAAUGGUUUAAAGUUUAAAUAAAGCAAAAAAAAUAUUCGAGAAUAUUAUCGUGUUUCUUAUGUAUAUGCAAAGUGUCUCUGCAGCGCGUUAGGUCGAUCGCUCAAUAGGACUGGUACGUACGUCUUUUUUUUCUAUGCUUGGAAUCGGGAAGACUCGAAUCUGCUUCCAAUUAUAAUACGCUAUAACACGGAUCACAACCGAAGUGCUUGUUACACGAUUUAGAUAACGAAUUGCAGAUCGUCUGAAAUACGCGAUUAAGUAGGUCAAUUUUACAUGGAUUAAAUUCGGAAAGUAAGAAGAAUAAAUAAUGGAAUUACCAAGAGAAUAACCAAGUCUGACACUGACAGCGAGACAGAUCUUCCUAUUAUUGUAAUGGAUAUAACAGAAUUACUAAUUUAUAUCUUUACAAAUAAGAACUUACAAUGUAUUAUAAGAAAGGACAUUUACAUGUUUAACAUGAGAAGAUGGCAAACAAAAAGUGAAGCGAAAAUGGUAUAUACUGCGGAAAUACGAUCUGUACUGUAGAAUACGUUGAAGUUAGAAAACGAAAGAAUACAAAUGGUGUGCAUAUUAA